AUGGCUGCUCAAAACGCUAACGCUAAGACUCAAACUAAGACUGACGACGCUGCAAAGGACAACUGGGGUUGGUGGUGGAGACCAGGUAGCAAUGCUAAAUUCUACGCUUCCUGUAACGUUAUAUCAGUUAAUUAUGGUUUUAUUGGUUUAGGUCAAAUGGGUCAACAUAUGGCUAGACAUAUUUAUGAUAAAUUAGAUAUUGAAAAUGAUAAAUUAUAUGUUUAUGAUGUUUUCCCACAAGCUAUUACUGCAUUUGUUGAUAAUGUUACUAGCAUCAAACCAGAACAUAAACAUGCUUUAACUCCAUUAAGUUCAAUUAAAUCAUUUGUUCAUGAUGUUGAAAACCCAUUGGAUUUCAUUAUUACUAUGGUUCCAGAAGGUAAACAUGUCAAAUCAGUCAUUACCGAAUUAACCAAAGAAUACAAAUCAGUCAACCCAUCAUAUUCAACCACUUUCAUUGAUUCUUCAACCAUUGAUAUCAAGACUUCAAGAGAAUGUCAUGAAAUUGUUAAGAAUGAAUUACCAGAAUUUGAUUUCAUUGAUGCUCCAGUUUCUGGUGGAGUUGCAGGUGCUCGUAAAGCUACUUUAUCAUUCAUGUUAUCCCGUGAAGAUGAUGCUUCAGUUUCUCCAGAAUUAAGAGAAUUAUUAUCAAAAAUGGGUAAAAACAUUUUCCCAUGUGGUUCUCAACAUGGUACUGGAUUAGCUGCUAAGUUAUCCAAUAAUUAUUUAUUGGCAAUUACUAAUUUAGCUACAGCUGAUUCAUUCCAAUUGGCUAAAUCAUUUGGAUUAAAUUUACAAAAUUAUGCAAAAUUAGUAGCAGUUUCAACUGGUAAAUCUUGGGCAAGUGUUGAUAAUUGUCCAAUUCCUGAUGUAUAUCCUGAAAACAAUUUACCUGCUGAUGUUGGUUAUAAAGGUGGUUUCAUUACUAGAUUGACUAGAAAAGAUGUUGUAUUGGCUUGUGAAUCAGCAAAGAUGGCUAAUAGAUUCUUAUAUCUUGGUGAUGUAGGUAGACAUUGGUAUGACAAGGCUUGUGAACAUGAAGAUAUUGCCAAUAGAGAUUUAGGAGUUUUAUUUGAAUGGUUGGGUGAUUUAGAACAAGACAGUGUAGGUAAUGUCAUUGAUACUAAGAGAAAGUAG